GACAAGGCUCCUGGUGGUGGGGACAAGGUUCCUGGUGGUGAGCACAAGGUUUCAGACAGUGAGGACAAGGUUCCCGGCGGUGAGGACAAGCUUCCUGGCGGUGAGAACAAGGUUCCUGGCGGUGAGAAGGUUCCUGGCGGUGAGGACAAGGUUCCCGGCGGUGAGGACAAGGUUCCCGGCGGUGAGGACAAGCUUCCCGGCGGUGAGGACAAGGUUCCCGGCGGUGAGGACAAGAUUCCCGGCGGUGAGGACAAGGUUCCCGGCCGUGAGGACAAGGUUCCUGGCGUUGAGGAGAAGGUUCCUGGCGGUGAGGACAAGGUUCCCGGCGGUGAGGACAAGGUUCCCGGCGGUGAGGACAAGCUUCCCGGCGGUGAGGACAAGGUUCCCGGCGGUGAGGACAAGCUUCCUGGCGGUGAGCACAAGGUUCCUGGCGGUGAGGACAAUGUUCCUGGCGGUGAGCACAAGGUUCCUGGCGGUGAGGACAAGGUUCCUGACGGUGAGGACAAGGUUCCUGGCGUUGAGGACAAGGUUCCUGGCGGUGAGCACAAGGUUCCUGGUGGUAAGGAAAAGGUUCCUGGCGUUGAGGACAAGGUUCGUGGCGGUGAGGACAAGGUUUCUAGCGGUGAGGACAAGGUUCCUGGCGGUGAGGACAAGGUAAAUAGUAACAUUACUACAUUACGCAGUUAGUACCUCUAUCUUAAUCCGUCAAGCUGCAAUGUGCGCACAUACGCCCAGUACUUUAUUAUUUUACUCUGUCUAAUGCCAGAUGAUUUUACUCAUCAAGGGAUAGUCUUGCGCUUGAUGCAUGGGUUAACCAUGCAAACAAUCUGUCAAUGUGCCUAGUUAACCUAUUAAGAUGCAAUGCACCCCAUAUUAUUUUAUUCCGUCUAAUGCCAGACGAUUUUACUUUCAAGGGGAGAGUCUUGCACUUUAAUGGGUUAAAUCGUCCAAUCACUCCAAUGGCAAAAAAGCGUGCAACGUUAGAAUUCAAUCAAUUUAUUACCGUUUUGACCACAUUGACAUUCCAAAAUCACACUGAAUGAGCGUGUAUUCAAACACAGUCAUUAAAAAGUUUAUAACGGUUCAGAUUGGCUAAAAUUUUAUGUAAAAUACAACAUAUGCGCGGUUCAUAUUUGACACUGUAUACAAGUUACAAAUAAACAGUAAAUAGUUCAAUAAAGCCGUUAAAAUAUAACUACUUGUGUUCCUCGCGCCAUUUCUACGCUCGUGUAUUAUAAACAGAUAUUUGGACAAAAACGCUUACCUUACGAGACUAUUAGAUAAGCGUUUGUACUGCAAUUAUUGAACUAUUUACUGUUUAUUUGCCCAUGAGAUACUGUAGCUUGUAAAACCAUCAAAUAAACAUAUUAACUAUAAUAAUACAUUUAGAUUGGCUGGGACGACCCCUGUGCACCGCCCUAUACAGUAUAUGAAUUGUAAUAUAAAUCAGUCUUUUACCAACGCUUGUGACCUUGUGUGCAUGUUUUUUCCGCGUGUAUUGAUGUUUUUUCUGCCACCUUCUAGCCGCGUACAUUCUUUUUCAGCAAUUUUGUGCUUGUUGAUCGACUUUUUCUGUUCCUUAACUUCUUUCCUCACCUCAUGUUUUGCCGACUACGAAAACAAUUUGUCGACUGGGAUUCAAUAAUUUGCCGGCUACCUGACGAGUGGGGGGUUUCCCCGCCCCCACCAUUCACCGCCGUCCCUGUAUUCCUCAUAUGUAACCGUUAUCCCAAGUCUAAUUAAUUUAUCAUUUCUUAUUUUAGGAUAGGAGUUUUUUCACAAAAGCUCAUGGAACAUUUGGCACGCCCGAUAACAAGACCUCAUUACGUCUUCUUUAUUAUCCUUUCGACAAUGAUUUAAAAGCGGGUCAACUACGCCUGGGGCAGCAUACUGAUUAUGGAACGAUUACAUUGCUAGUUCAAGAUCAAACCGGAGGACUUGAGGUAAGAUCAGGAUUCUAACCAACUGAGCUACAGAGUCCAGUUAUCGAACUCUAACCACAAGUUAGAGAUACUAGGGGACCUAUAGUUCAAAUUUUUUGCAGCUGUUCCUGGUUAGGUCUAAUAAAUGUGUAUAAAUUUACACUCGAUAAUAGAUAGCUUAAGAUCUACGACGUCGACGUCAGCUAGGACGUCAGGGCUAAGCAGAGGACUGUUAAAUAAGUCGAUAAUAGCUCAAGUAUACGACGUCAAAUAUUUAGGGCGGCAAGUGGAAGUAAAUUGGUAAUAGUUUUUGAAGUGUGCAUGCGUCUCUCUCAAUUUGCUCGUCGUCCACCAAACAUCGACAACCUAACAACAAGAGUUUUACCGUCGUAAAUACAAAAGCAUAACAAACGGUAAUGGUUCACACGUCUAUUUUAAACUCAUUUUCAAAAGAAUGUAAAUAUUUAUAGUUUAAAUGUCUACGUCGUAAGUAAUGUACGUCUACGUGGAAGUUUAUUUAUUGAGGACGACGUCCUAAUCCCAGUUCUCUGCUUAGUCCUGACGUCCUAGCUGAAGUCGACGUCGUAGAUCUUAAGCUAUCUAAUUUCCAUCUACAAAACCCUUCAUCUAGUAUUCAAUCGGGUGAGAUGCCAAACAAAUCUUGAUAAGAUCGGGUUUUACUGGGUGGCCGGUUCUAGGUGUUAACAUCGGCUUAUAAACCCUGAUCACCAGGGGCGCUGGAGCCACGAGGGCAACUGCCCCGUUGCUCAAACAUUGCGGGGGCAGCACGGGGGCAGCACGGGGGCAACAGGUUGCCCUUUCUGCCAUAACUGCACUUCAAAGUUUGUGCAUUAUUCACAGAAAUUAGAAUUUAGAACUUAAUUUUAAGCAAUGUUUAAAGAUGUGGUACAGUCCGUAUGUAAACAAAGGCUUUGUUUACAUUUCGGUAUCCAAUUAUAUUUUUAUAAUAUGCCAUUUGCAAUUCUGAACGCUGAUUGGCUAAGAGCCGUGUUGAUAUAACUCAAUGUCAACACGGAAACGUUGGAAAAUUUAUUUCUUUAUGUUCCUUUGUGCUAUAUUAUAAAACAAAUAUAAAACAUUUUUUCCGUAUUGAUAUAUAGUUAUAUCAACAUUCGUGGAAAUUCGGAAAACUCGAAAUUUUGUGAAAACACUCCGCCCUUUGGGCGUCGUGUUUUCACACAAUUUCUCGUUUUCCCAAUUUCCACUCGUGUUGAUAUAACGGUAUAUCAACACGGAAAAUGUUUUUUAUUUGUUAAAUAUUAAACUAUUUAUAUUUUGAUGACUCUAGAGUAUGAUAAAUUAUCAAGACACAACAAUCAAGCUUUGCAAGAACAUAAAAUGAAAUAAAAACGUAAAUAAACUGUUUGUAUAUAGUAAAAAGAGUGCCCGAUCCUUUGUGCACAUACGCAGAUCGGACUUUACAGCGUCUCAGUAAGCAAUCUUUGCUUAAUUUUUAAUCAGUUGUAGUAAAAUUGAUGCUAAAUCAAGCAAUAUACGUUCGUUCACUGGUUUUAUUUUGCACCUUUAGCACGGUGCAACGAAUAAAAUUGUUCAAAUUAAUGUCGAAGUUUGCCGACCCAUAAUAGCCACAAGUAAUCGAGUAACCAUACAGUAAAGUUUUAGCAAAUAUUGCUGUCAUUUGCUGCCCAAAAAAAUGAAGUGCCCUUUUGAAAUGGCUGCCCCCGCCGCUUCACAUUGCUUCCGGCGCCCCUGUUUUAAAGCCUGGAAAGUGAACUGCAGCGGUCAACAUUUUGAAUUUGGAGCUGCUUUUGAAUGUAGCUAGCUUUUUUAAACUUUACAUGAUAUCAAGGGAUUUGCAGGUCAUACUGGAAUUUUUCGGCUACGAUUGUUUACCAAUUGUCGAAGUUUACUACAAAUUGUAAACUUACUGUAACUGUUUACGUUUUUAUAGUACACUUUGAUAUUUGAGUAGAUAUGUGCAGAUGCGGCAGAGUAA